AUGCCCGGACCAGAUGAAUGGUUAGUUACUAUACGGAAAUGUCAGUAUUUACCUGAGCCUGAUAUGAAAAGGCUCUGUGAAAUGGUUAAAGAAUUAUUAAUGGAGGAAUCAAAUAUACAACCUGUACACACACCAGUUACGGUAUGUGGAGACAUCCAUGGGCAGUUUUAUGAUUUGCUAGAAUUAUUUCAUGUUGGUGGAGAAAUUCCUGAUACUCAUUAUAUAUUUAUGGGUGACUUUGUGGAUAGGGGUUAUUAUAGUUUAGAAACAUUUACUUUAUUGAUGGUUUUGAAAGCAAGGUAUCCGGACAAAAUUACACUUCUGAGAGGUAACCAUGAAAGUAGGCAAAUCACACAAGUGUAUGGAUUUUACGAUGAAUGUCAAACAAAAUAUGGAAAUCCAAAUGUUUGGAAAUAUUGUUGUCAAGUGUUUGAUUAUUUAACGUUAGCAGCUAUCGUAGAUGGACGUGUUUUAUGUGUUCAUGGUGGAUUGUCCCCUGAAGUCAGAACAUUAGAUCAAAUAAGAACAAUACCUAGAGCUCAAGAAAUUCCUCAUGAGGGUGCUUUUUGUGAUUUGAUGUGGUCUGAUCCUGAAGAUAUUGAAACAUGGGCUGUAAGUCCUCGAGGUGCCGGUUGGUUGUUUGGAGCCAAAGUAACGAAUGAGUUUAAUCAAAUUAAUGAUUUAAGUUUAAUAGCAAGAGCACAUCAAUUAGUACAAGAAGGAUAUAAAUAUAUGUUUCCUGAUGAUAACUUAGUUACAGUUUGGUCUGCGCCUAAUUAUUGUUAUAGAUGUGGUAAUGUAGCGUCAAUUAUGCAAAUUAAAGAAAAUCUACAAAUUGAUGAAAGUAGUUUUAAAAUUUUUAAUGCGGUUCCUGAUCAAGAAAGAUCAAUUCCUGCUAGGGUCGGUGUUGGACAGUAUUUUUUGUAA